UGUAACGCUGUAGGCUAUAUAUAAAAACCCUCUUGCUGGAGAAAGCCAGCCAUAGAGGCAGCUGCGAUACCGGCCAGACUGCUAUCUUCUUUGUGCUCCUUCUGAAACAAGAGAGGUUCGUGGGGGCUCUGACCAGACAAGAGCGAGGGAAUUGCCAGCAACUGCCAUGGCUUUGCCUUUUGACCAAGCUGAGGAAUCCCGUCUCUACCAGCAAACCCUCCUGCAGGACGGGCUGAAGGACCUACUCGAUCAUAACAAGUUCCUUGACUGUGUCUUGAAAGUCAAGGGGAAAGAAUUCCCGUGCCACCAGCUGGUGCUUGCUGCUUGCAGCCCUUAUUUCAGGGCCAUGUUUCUCUCGGAAGGGGAGGAAAGCAAGAAGAGGGAGGUCAGCUUGGAAGAUGUUGACCCCGAAGUCAUGGGCAAGAUUCUCCACUAUAUCUACACAUCAGAGUUGGAGAUCACCGAGCAGAACGUCCAAGACAUUUUCUCUGUAGCCAACAUGUUCCAGAUCCCUUCCAUUUUUACAGUCUGCGUCUCCUUCCUCCAGAAGAGACUUUGCCUCAGUAAUUGCCUGGCCAUUUUCAGGCUCGGAUUGAUGCUGGAUUGUGCCCGUCUGGCAGUGGCAGCCAGGGAUUUCAUCUGCCACCAGUUUGCUCUGAUCUCCCGGGAUGAGGAGUUCUACCAGUUCUCUGCCGAUGAGCUCAUCGCUAUCAUCUCCAGUGAUUCUCUUAACAUUGAGAAAGAGGAGUCCGUCUUUGAGGUGGUGAUGAAGUGGGCCGUAGCUAAGGAUCGUGAGAGCCGGGCCCAGGCCCUUCCGGUGGUCUUUGAGAGCAUCCGCUUCCGUCUCAUGGACAAGGAUUACCUCAAGAAUCACGUGGAGAAGCAUGCCUUGGUUAAGUCCAGCCCUGAACUUCUGAAGAAGAUCCAGAUGGUGAAAGAUUCUCACGAGGGGAAAUUCACAGUGGUGAAGAAGACAACUGGGAAGAAAAAGAAGGAGAAAAAAACAGGGGACAACAUCAUAAAUGGAGGAGUUGAGGAGGGGGAUGACAAAGAGGAAGAGGACGUCCUUCCGGGGAUCUUAAAUGAUACGAUGCGUUUUGGGAUGUUCCUUCAAGACCUCAUUUUCAUGAUCAGUGACUCAGGGGCAGUGGCUUAUGAUCCCGGGGCGAAUGAAUGCUACUUUGCCUCCGUCUCGUCACAGAUCCCAAAGAAUCAUGUCAGCCUGGUCACCCGGGAGAAUCAGGUUUUCAUAGCAGGUGGACUUUACUACAAUGAGGACAAUAAAGAGGAUCCCAUGAACUCCUAUUUCUUGCAGUAUGACCACCUGGAUUCGGACUGGCUGGGCAUGCCCCCUCUGCCCUCCCCACGCUGCCUGUUUGGCCUUGGCGAGGCAGAAAACUCCAUCUUCGUGAUAGGAGGGAAAGAGCUGAAAGAGGGAGAGCAGACGCUAGACUCCGUCAUGUGCUAUGAUAGACUGUCCUUCAAAUGGGGCGAAGCAGACCCCCUCCCUUACGCAGUCUACGGCCACAGCGUGGUAUCCCACAACAACCUCAUCUACAUCAUAGGAGGCAAAGGAAACGAUAAGAAGUGCCUAAACAAUUUGAGCGUCUACAACUUCAGCAAGUUCGAAUGGAAGGAGUUGGCACCAAUGAAGACGGCCCGUUCGCUCUUCGGGGCCACCAUACACAACGGCAAAAUUUACGUGGCGGCCGGUGUGACCGACUCCGGUUUGACCAACUCUGUGGAAGUUUACGACAUCGCAGCCAACCGAUGGGAAGACUUCACCGAAUUUCCCCAGGAACGCAGCUCCGUCAGUCUGGUCAGCCUGGCCGGCACCCUCUAUCUCAUUGGGGGGUUUGCCACUGUCGAGACAGAGUCGGGAGAACUGGUGCCCACGGAGCUCAAUGAUGUCUGGAGGUAUGACGAGGAAGGGAAGAAAUGGGAAGGCAUUCUCCGAGAGAUCCAGUAUGCCUCAGGGGCCACUUUUCUGCCUGUGCGGCUCAACAUCAUGCGACUAACCAAGAUGUGAAUUUGCCGAGGCAGCACUUUGCCUUCCUAUUGAUCUCCUCCCCCUCCACCCCCAUUCUUUUCUCCUUCUUAAAAAAGUCCUCGUUUAAGGAUAUGCUGCUGCAGUGUCACUUUUGGGAAGAUAAAGCAGCGAAUAUCUGCACUUUUCCUAUUUUCUGCCUCUGAAAGGAAACCAGAAACAUAGACGGGCUGGCAUUUGUGGAGGGACGAACGAGAGCUGUUUCGGCCAGUGCUCUGCCAUUGAUGGCCUCCAAAAGCUGGUCUCACUCAAGUGCCACUUGGGAAACCUUCCCACAAUUUUGUCCCUCUGAGCCCAGAGGACGGAGCAGGUCAAGAGAGGAAGGGCAUGUAAGAGAGCCAGUGUAGUGUAUGGUUGGCUUGGAGUCUGGGAGAUCUGGGCCGUUUCCACACGACUUACCUUCCUCCAGAACAUCGCGAAAACGACACGGAAGAUAGCAUCUUCUCGUGCAAAAUCGUGCCAGGAAGACACAAUCAUCCGGGAGUUUUGUGCGACAUCACGCCUUCCUGUCACGAUUUCACACAAGAAGACGCUAUCUUCCACAUGUUUUUCACGACGUUCCAGAGAAAGGUAAGUCGUGUGGAAACGGCCCUGGGUUCAUAUCCUCACCAUUUAAUGAAGCUUGCCGAAUGAGGAUUGUGGGUCAGUUGAUCUUUUUCAGCCUAACCUUCCUCACAAGGAUAUUGUGCGGAAAAAAAUUGGAAAGGGGAAAUGAUGCUUACUCCUUGGAGGAAAGGUUACAUUAAAAUGUCCUGGACAGAUACAAGGCAGAAGUGUGAACCUGACCGUGUUUCAGCCGGUGAUACAGAUGCCGUAUGUUCUUCUCCAGAUAUGCAAGGAAUCCUACAACACGUCUCUCUUGCCACAACCGGGAUUCCUGUAAGCUGGCAAGAGAUUAGCAUUGCAAGCAAGGUUCGUGAACAUUUCCUUUAGGGAUGAUAUUUCUUGCAGAUACUCAGGGGGAAAAGCUUGAUAGAAAAUGGGUGGCACAUGAGUCUGUCUUAAGAAGCUACCAGCUUGGGCUGGUGAAUCAGGGGUGGAUUCUGGUCAAGUUGAGAGCAUAUAGAAGGAUGUUAUGAUUUUGCCAAGCAGAAAAGAGCCUUGAUUCUCAUCUCUGAGUUUUUACUCCUUACCCUGUAGAGAUGGGCACAAACCGAAAUACAAACUAAAAUUCAUGACAAACCAGGCUGGUUCGUGGUUCGCGAACCAGAGGUUCAUCAGAUCCCAUUUCUGACGAACUGCACGUCACUGCAGACAUCCUGGUGCCGAUCAAUCAGUUUUCUAGGCAACGGGAUGGACUUCCUGCAGACCUUCUGCUGACCCAGAAAUGACCUUCUGUUGACCCAGAAGUGAUGAUUUUCUGACCUGGAUGUGACAUUUUCACAAACCAAAUAAACCAGUUCACGAACUGGUGGCAGGUUCGUGAAAGUUUGUGGUUUGUGAAAUUUGAUGAAUGGUUCAUUUUUUCCCCCAGUUCGUGCUCAUCUCUACCUUGGAGACAAUGACACUGGAUAGAGCCAAAAUAAUUGAACUCCAAAUUCUGUGCCAGAGACAGAAACACAGAGAGCUGGAAGAUACUCCAAGGAUCAUCUAGUCCAGCCCCCUGCACAAUGCAUGAAAUUCAUGGCUAUGUUCCCAUCUCACCUCCCCAAGUGACCCCUGCUGUGUGCCCAGAAGAUGGCCAAAAACCUCAAGAAUCCUGGCCAAUUCCUUCCUGGCCCCAAAGUGGCGUUUGGCAUUACCUUGGGCAUAUAAGAAAGGUCUACCAACCCUUGUUACAAUUCUGAUCAGUGUACUUUUCUGACUGUUCCAAAUUAAAAGGUCUUGAAGGUCAA